AUGGAAUCUAACGAAUGCAGUAGUAUUAGUAAUAAUAAUAUAAUAUGUAGUAAUAAUAAUAAUAAUGGAUUGUUUCCAUUAUCGAUGAUGAAUACAACUAGAUAUUAUAAUGAUGGUGAUAUUCAAUUCAGACCAUUAGAAAUUGAUGACUAUGAUAAAGGAUACUCUGCACUAUUAUGUCAAUUGACAGAAGCUAAAUUCACCAAAUCACAAUACAUUGAGAGAUAUAAUCAAAUGAAAAAGGAACUAGAUAAUUAUUAUGUAGUUGUAGUAGAGGAUAAAUCAAAAUCAAAGAUUAUAGGUACUGGAACAUUGAUGGUUGAAAAGAAGUUUAUAAGAGGUUGUGCAUUAUGUGGUCAUAUUGAAGACAUUGUAGUCGACUCUACAUAUCGUGGAAAAAAUCUUGGUCUAAAAAUGAUUGAACAAUUAAAAUAUAUAGGUACACUAGUAGGAUGUUACAAGUUGAUAUUAGAUUGUGAUGAAAACAAUGUAAAGUUUUAUGAAAAGUGUGGUUUUGUCAAGAAACAAGCUAUGAUGGCUCUCUACCUACCUCCUCAACCAAAAUUAUAA